UUACUUCUUGAAGGGUGUUCUUUUAUAUGGGCCUCCUGGUACGGGCAAAACAUUGUUAGCUAGAGCAAUUGCAAGCAACAUUGAUGCCAACUUCUUGAAGGUUGUUUCAAGUGCUAUAAUUGAUAAGUAUAUUGGAGAAAGUGCAAGGUUGAUUCGUGAAAUGUUUGGAUAUGCCCGUGAUCACCAGCCCUGCAUUAUAUUUAUGGAUGAGAUUGAUGCCAUUGGUGGGCGUCGAUUUAGUGAGGGAACAAGUGCUGAUCGUGAGAUUCAAAGAACAUUGAUGGAGUUACUUAAUCAGCUUGACGGAUUUGAUCAGCUGGGAAAGGUUAAAAUGAUAAUGGCUACAAAUAGGCCAGAUGUUCUUGAUCCUGCUCUUCUCCGUCCAGGCCGCCUGGAUAGGAAAAUAGAGAUUCCGUUGCCAAAUGAGCAAUCAAGAAUGGAAAUUCUCAAGAUUCAUGCCGUUGGAAUUGCCAAACACGGCGAGAUCGAUUAUGAAGCUGUGGUAAAGCUUGCCGAGGGCUUUAAUGGGGCUGAUCUCCGAAAUGUUUGCACUGAGGCUGGAAUGUCAGCAAUCCGUGCAGAGCGUGACUAUGUCAUCCAUGAGGAUUUCAUGAAG